AUCACUCACGGGUAUCUAGACGACUAUGUAGACCACGACUGAAUAACUUAAAACUUUUAUUAUUCCGCGUCUAGACAGUCUGACAGUAGUUAUAACUUGUAGACACGAUCUUAUAUCUUAGUCUGUGAUCUUAACUUAAUAUCACGAUAGUGCUAAAUACUAAACAGUAGACACAGAAUUGGAAAUAGUCAUCAAUUGUUAUAAAUAUCAAAUGCUUAUUAUAAUAAUAAGAAAUCAUAGGAGCGCAGAAUACAGAUUGAUUGAAAAUUGUUUUUUGUAGAUUAAUAUUUUAUUGUUAUUUUUUAUAUCCUACAAUAGCCAAUGGACAUACAAAAUAAAUUAUAGAAAUUGGAAAAAAAAGUCACUGAAUAACAGAUUACUGAGCAAGGAAGAUUAUCAUUGAACAAAUCGGUUACUGAUAAGGUUUAAUAAAAUAAUAAAAAUGAAAGAUUCAGUUAUGAUCCACGGAGCUGGGGGUAUUCCGGACAAAUCAUGGAAACCACAAUUUGGAAUUAUUGAGACUACAAUGGGUCAAAUAACAAUUGAACUAUACUGGGAUCAUGCUCCAGAGACUUGCCGUAAUUUUGCAGAACUUUGUAGACGUGGUUAUUAUAAUAAUACAAAAUGUCAUAGAAUUAUUCGCAAUUUUAUGAUUCAAGGUGGUGAUCCAACUAGCACUGGCAGAGGGGGUACAUCAAUUUAUGGUACUCAUUUCGACGAUGAAAUUCAUGAUGAUCUUAGACAUACAGGAGCAGGUAUUGUGUCUAUGGCUAACUCAGGACCUAAUACAAAUGGUUCACAAUUUUUCAUUACAUUAGCACCAACUCAGUGGCUUGAUAAAAAACAUACAAUAUUUGGUCGUGUUCAUUCCGGGAUGAAUGUUGUCAAAAGAAUGGGCAUGGUAGAAACGGAUAAAAAUGAUCGACCUGUUGAUGAUGUAAAAAUAUUAAGAGGUGGAAUAAAAAUGUAAUAACAUAAGCAAAACAUGUAAAUCUUGAUUAAAAAUAUUGCAAUGUAUUCAACAAUUACAAAUUACAAUUAAAUAACAUAUUUUAUUGUUUCUAUAAAGAUAUUAAGUUAUGGUAAAAUAUAUUUGUAUUUUUACAAUAAUUCAAGCAAACUGGUGUCAAAGUAUUAAACCAACAUAUGUUUUAA